AUCUGACUAUUACCACCCACUGCUCACAAGAUUGAUAUCACAUCAAUACUGGGUUGCCUAUUAUCUGCGUGCGAGCGUCUCUCACCUAUAUCCGAUCUUUUUACUAGUAACGUUAGUCGCCCCCGCCAUCUCGCCAUCUCGCCAUCUCGGUUGUGAAGGCGUCGUUUCUCACGGACUGCUGCACCGCACAGCAGCCGGGGACUGACUCAGUAGAUCGAAGAAGAACCCAGCAAGAACGCUGUCUUUCAAAUCAGAGUUAAGCUGAAGCUGCUGUUCUUACUGUGGUGGAACGGAAGAGCCGGAGACGCUUCUCACGUCCAGGAUUUGUGCCGCAAUCGCCCUUGCAUUAGCCUGCACUAGCAGUAGAGCGGUGUUGUGAUCGCUGCUAGAGUUGACCCAUUCCGUUGUGAUUGAUUCGUGGCUGGACCGGCUCCAGACCGCUUGCGUUGCAGUGCAACCGACCAUCGUUGCAGGUGAGCUCCGGCACACGCAUGUGCAUGGUGGCGUGAUGGGCUGCGCAAGCAGUGCUCCAACACCCAGCAAUGGGCCGUACACAGCCGGAGUACCAUCAGCGGCGGCGACCGGACCAGCUGCACCUAACGACCCACGAGCCGCCGGUUACAAUGCACAAGUGCAGAAGGAGAACCUACAACACCAGCAGUACCAGGAUCGUCUGAGGCAGCAGCAGCAGCAGCAAACCGGACGCGGGCCGCCCCAGCAGCAGCAACAGCAUAUGCACAACCCACAAGCUAACCGUCAGUCGGGGAGCUCACUGCAGCAGCACCAGCCUCAACAGCAGCAGCUGCCCAGAUCCUCCAUGUCCAGUACAUCGCCGUUGCCCAGUCCGCCUGUGGCCAAGACGGGGCAACCACCACUACCAUCACCCCAGUCCGAUGUCCCACUGUACAAAGCUCUCUAUGAUUACCAGGCUGGUACUGACGAGGACUUGUCCUUCAGGAAAGGUGACAUCUUACAAAUUAUCAACAGUACCGACGGAGACUGGUGGUUGGCACGUAAGUCCACCAGUGGCGAGGAGGGAUUCGCACCCAGCAACUAUGUGGCCAAAAUGAAGAGUCUGGAGGCUGAAGACUGGUUCUUUGGUCCGGUGAAGAGACAGGAUGCAGAGCGGCACCUGACAAAUUACGGACGCCCGGGUUCCUUUAUUGUCCGCCAAUCAGAAAGCCAGGGGAACUCGUACUCAUUGUCUCUGCGCGACAACGAGGCCAUUCGCCACUACCGUAUUCGCAUGCUGGACGAUGGCUCCGGCAUGUUCAUCUCCAAGCAGUUCACGUUCCACACGCUGCAGGAGCUUGUGGCGUUCUACGGAACAGAAGCGUAUGGCCUGGCAUUCCGUUUGAUUGAGCCUUGUCCCACCUCCAAACCGGCUCUGACAAGCCUAAGCCAUUCCAUGCGUGAUCAGUGGGAGAUCCCGAGGAACACACUUAGCAUGGUCAAGAAGCUGGGUGCUGGUCAGUUUGGUGAGGUAUGGGAAGGCACAUGGAACAACACGACUCGCGUUGCCAUCAAGACGCUGAAGCCCGGCACGAUGACGCCCAGCGAGUUCCUCCAGGAGGCGGCCAUCAUGAAGAAACUGCAGCACCCUCGCCUCAUUCAGCUCUACGCCGUGUGCUCGCAGGAAGAACCCAUUUAUAUUGUCACUGAGCUCAUGGAGGGUGGGGCGCUACUGAAAUUUCUCCAAGACGAUGCUGGCCAGAAUUUGAAGGCCAACCACCUUGUUGAUAUGGGUGCUCAGGUGGCUAGUGGAAUGGCAUAUUUGGAGGCACAGGGUUAUCUGCAUCGUGAUCUGGCUGCACGCAAUGUGCUCAAAGGACAUGGCAACAUAGUCAAGGUUGGUGACUUUGGCCUGUCUCGCCUGGUAAGAGAUGAUGAGUACACUGCCAGGGAAGGUGCCAAGUUCCCCAUCAAGUGGACUGCUCCGGAAGCAUGCCUCUUCAACAUCUUCACGAUCAAGUCGGAUGUCUGGUCAUAUGGUGUGUUCUUGUAUGAGCUGGUCACUUAUGGACGCACGCCAUACCCAACGAUGACCAAUGCUGAAGUUCUUGCUCAGGUCGAGCGAGGCUACCGUAUGCCCAAGCCAGCAACCUGCACUGAUGCACUCUACACGCUGAUGCUCGACUGCUGGAAAAAAGACGAGGCGGAGAGGCCAACAUUCGAGGCAAUCGAAUAUCGCAUGGAAGAUUUGUUUGUCAGUGAGGGAAAGAGCUACCUUGAGGCCGACCAGGUGGCGUGAAUAAUCUGAGACCGAUAUCAGGCGGUGUGUGCCCGACUAUAGUGAUGCAGAGCAUUGCUGCAGGUCAUGUGGAACGUUGCAACAGGCAUCCUUGAAUUAAGAACUAAUCCAUGUGCCACUCUAUACCAAUAAUUCAAAUGUUCCAUAAUGCAAAAAGGUCAGUUUUGACAGCUUAUGGCUCAGUGCACCCCCACCCCACCCCCACCCCCUCCGUUCCAAUGAGUGUAUCUUGAAGUACAUGCAUGCCAGAGAUUUGCAAAAGUCUGUUUGUUUCAUCAUUGUCGCAAUUUGAAGCAGCACACGUGCGCGAUGAUAAUUAUUAUCGUACUUUCUACUCAUUACUGUUUUCCCCAAGAGUUUGAUAGAAUCAUGCCCAGCUCCAUUGGUCAGGCAAAUAAUGUGUCCUCAUUCCUAUCCCCGGACAUGACAGUUACAGUGUACAUGUAGUACAGUCAUGUACACUGUACAUGACUGUACUUGUAUUGAAUUAAAUUUUAUAUUUGUACCACUCUAGUCACAUCAGCUCGAGCAGUGAUGACUGUGUACAUAUCCCUAGACCACCACCUUGGACUAGUGAGCGGGGAGGGGGGCAUUAUUUUGAUGAACUGGCGUGGAAGCCUGAGCAUUUAUCGUUUCUUGGCAUUUGGUUGCCAAUCAUUGUUGUUGUUAUAUUAUUAUUAUUAUUGCUGUUCGACCGGCUCUUCCGCG